ACUCUUAACUCGUGCUCGUGCUGCCUCGACUCAGUCGUUGACGCGCGCUCGUUUGGUUUGCUUCGGGUAUUAAUGGUGCUUCAACAACCACGAGAGAACUUCACGGUCCAAGUUCAACAUAAAAGUAGCCGUACUUGACCUGUACCCUUUUGAAAACGAUAUUGCCACGACAUGUGUACCAUUGAAAGGUUAUUCGGCAUUUCGCUGCUACUCCUGUGGACCGGCGCCGUCGUGGUAAUCGCGGCCGAACAAUCGAUGUCGAACUACGAGACGGUUCACACGAGCAACGCGGCGAUUUUGAACCGCCUCGGCCUGGCGCCGCUUCAAGUCCCCGAUGGACAUCACAAGAAGCGUUUGGCCGGUCCCGAGCCGCCUGGAUUGAACUCUCAGACGAGGAUUCAUCAGCCUUACAGCCGUCGACACGGACAUCGCGACAGUCACGUCUACAUAGUGAAGCUUCCGGCCAGUCCGCCGUAUUACACGAUCACGAAACCGCACAAAUUCGUCAAGGACGAAAAGAUAACCAAAACUGGGCCUAAUUUUCCAGUCGGUUUUCAGGGAAACGGUAAACCCGCCAAGAUUUAUCACUGGAAUUUACCGGUGGUGAAGAAGAUGAGCGAAAAGAAGAGACUGCACACUCAACUGAAGAUCGAGCAGGCCAAGAAGAAAUUGGAAGAGACGAAGAAGUAUCAGAACUCGUCGCCGAAGAAUUUCGUGCAGAGCGUUCAAGAGGGGGUGUCGAAAGCGAAUCAGGAAGCUCAGGAGCUGAGAAAGUAUUCGUACGUUUCGGAGGGGAAUAAAGUGGUCGUUCCUCAGAAGAUUAAUCCGUCGAAACACGUACGAAACAACGACAAGAGACUGAAUUAUCCCGAGCCGGAAAAGAAGAAAGGCGAAACGACGAAGAAGAGCAACGGCAACGCGAGCAACAAAACGUACAGGUUGGACGAUUCGGGCGUGCACAGGAUUCACUUGACGAACGAACUUCACGGCUCGAGAAACGCGGCGAAGCUGAAGAAACACCGGAAGAAGGCGGCCAUGUCCUACUACGCUCCUAUCGCCGGCAAGUCUGGCUCCACCAGCAUUCACAAGAACUUCCCCGGAAACGGCAAACCCAAGGCGUUCUAUGUAAUGGAGAAAAGUCGCAAACCCGUCUAUUACCAUCCCUUGUUACCUUAAUCCGUGACACGGUGCAGAAAUUGUGUGUAAUCGCGUGCCGCGUUAACGGCCCGUGAGCUUGUUAGCCCAAGUGGUCGCGCGAUCGCGGCGAAACAAGAACAGGGGCCGUCGUUUCGUGAGACGAUGAUCAAAUUUUGACAAUGAAAAAGAGAGAGAUCGUGAAGAAAAAUACAGUAGGAGCGAGUACGAGACGAAGAGAGACAGACGUUUCGAUCGAGGUCGUUCUCGCUCGAGGCCACCGCGUUUCCUGCAAGCCGUUCCACUUCCGUUACAGUUGUUAGGGAGAUUAGACUAGGUUGUCGAAACUUUCUUUGGAAAGGAGAACUUAAAUUAGGCUAGUUUUUUAAGGACAUUUUGCCCGCCUCUCGACUGACAAUGAGUUGGAUGUACUCCGACGACUUUGAUAAGGAUCAGGAGACGAUCCCCCGUGUCGUUUUUUUCGUUUUUUGCGAAUAAUUCACUACGGAUCGUCCUCUGACGCCGCGUUUAACUUGUACAAUAUAUUUUUAUAAGUUUAACGGAUACUUUUGUACGUCGACGUGCCGUUUCGCGCUAUUGCGUGCGAUCGCUACUCGAGAGAUCUCUCGCGUUCUCUCGAGCAAUCGGUCACGAGCGAUCCUUACACGAAAGACUGGACAAUAUAUGACUUCUCGACGGGAUGUACAUGCCUUUUCUACAUACAGCCGCGCAAGCAUUUUUUACUGGUUUUUUACUACUGCGUCGCAGAGCGUGAAAGCAGCAAACAUUUUUUAUAUUCUUAUAUAUUAUACGUUAUAGGAGGAAGCUCAAUUGUAUCGAACCAUGGCAUUCAGUGUAGCGAAUAAAAGUAUUUAUAAUACUUUGUACGAUUAUAUGCGUGUAUCGGUGCGUGCGCCCGUUGCGGGAUACGAGUUUGUUCUUUAUUUCGGUAGGAGAAAGAUCGACGAUUACUCCGUUUAGCGUUCGACGUUCGCAUGAGCACCACUUUUAACCCGUUACAGCACAUUUGCGAUAGCAUCGAGCCACGACCAGCCUCGAUGGGCCCCAAAGUGCCUCGAGGGGCCUAUCAUUUUUUUCGAUAAUUGACCAUCGGAAUUCUCAAAUGACAAGAAGAAUGCUUAUCUUUCUUUGUCGAGCGAACGAUAUCGCUUCUUCUUUCUCUUUACUCUUUUCACCCCUCGGCUAAUAAGUUAAUUUAUCAUCCGAGACAGGAAUUAAUCGGUAUCGCGUCGCGGGAUAAAAAUAAUUUCGCUGUUGGUGAGAAAAAAUGAAACGUACGAAUAUCGCCGGUAUCCAACCGGUAUCUUUCUAUUACGCGGUAAAUUACAGGCUUCCUGUGCGGGAUACACGCUUAUGUAUGACUCGGUAAUGGAAAAUAUAACUUGAUAGACGAAUAAUUCCCUGAAGGAUCCUUUUCAAUGGCAAAUUGAAUUCGAAGCAGCCCGAAUUCUUACGCGCAACGGUCGCCGAUCGAGAGAUUCCAUUCCGAGCCGGAAUUUCCGGGAUAUCUGGCGGAGUAUUAUCGUCAUCUUCGAAUUCAAUUUCUUCGAGUGCGAGUAGCAUAGAUCGCCAAGUAUUCCCGUAACCAGACAGGAUAUAAUCCCGAACAGACUCGCGUCCCGAGUCAAUAUUUGUGUUAAACCGGUGGGGUCGGGACCGGGAGAGGUAGGGGGAACCAUAUGAAACACGUUUUCUCGUCGACGCAGCCAGCAACCGAGCGCGAACGUUGCUAAGGAUUCCGGAAAAAGUACCAACAGCUCGUGCUUUCGACUUUCCUCUAUUUUUCGCCCAUCUUUCGCGUUCCUGUACUUUUCGCCUAUGUACAAAAUAAACAAAAGUCUGGAUUGAUUCUUAACUAUAA